AAAUUGCAUAAUUUACAUUUAGUAACAAAAUUCACUACUAACAACCGACCAAAUUACAAUUAUUAUUGAAUCAAAAAUUAAUAUUAAAAAAAACGAAUGAAAUAAUAAAAAAAUGCCCGAACAAAGUAAUGAUUAUCGUGUUGUUGUAUUUGGUGCCGGUGGUGUUGGUAAAUCUAGUCUUGUAUUAAGAUUUGUAAAAGGAACAUUCCGUGAUGCCUACAUACCAACAAUUGAAGAUACAUAUCGUCAAGUGAUAUCAUCAAAUAAAAAUGUUUGCACAUUACAAAUAACUGAUACAACUGGUUCACAUCAAUUUCCAGCCAUGCAACGAUUAAAUAUAACCAAAGGACAUGCAUUUAUGCUUGUUUUUAGUGUUACAUCAAAACAAAGUUUAGAAGAAUUAAAUCAUAUCUAUCAGGAAAUAUUAGAUACAAAACAAAAUGAUAAUGAUACUAUACCAUUAAUAUUAGUUGGUAAUAAAUGUGAUGAAGAAAGUCAACGUGAAGUUACUGCUGAUUAUGCUCAAGAAUAUUGUUCCAAAAUUUUAAAAGGUUCUGGUUAUAUUGAAACAUCAGCUAAAACUGGUCAUAAUGUACAUGAAGCAUUUCAGGAAUUAUUAUCAUUGGAUAAAACAAGAAAUAUGUCAUUAAGAAUGGAUCUAAAAAAGACAAGGUCACAGAUAAGAAAAGAAAAACUUAAAGGUCAUUGUAUGAUGAUGUAGUAAAAUGAAUGCUACUGUGAAUGAUAUGAAUGUUUUAAAAACAUCUUCCAUAAUUGUGAUCAUUAUUAAUGAACAAAAAAAAAUCUUCAUCAA